AUGGCUCCCGUAGAACUGUCCGAUUUGAGCACGCUCUUCGGGGUAGAUGGGCUCGUAGCGGUGGUGACCGGUGGGGCAACUGGGAUUGGAUUAAUGAUCGCAACCGCUCUCGAGAGCAAUGGGGCAAUCGUGUAUAUCGUGUCCCGGAACCAGGAGAAUCUUGAUAGGGCAGUGCGGGAGCAUAGCCACCGCGGAAACCUCAUCGCGUUGCAAGGCGACGUCACGGAUCGCGAGUCGCUCAAGGCAGUCACAGAGACUAUCCAGGCACGGCACGGGUAUGUGAACCUGCUCAUCAACAAUGCGGGGAUCGUGCGUAACGUGCUCCCGACUCCACUGCCCCCUCCGGCUCCAGGGGCAACCACGGACGUGGAUGGGAUCGUGGCGUUGCAGGACUUACUGUGGAACGCGGGCACGCCUGAAGACUUCGACACGACGUUCCGCGUGAACACAACUGCGGCUUUUUACUGCAGCGUCGCGUUCCUUCGGCUGCUGCACGCAGCAAACCUGAGGACGAGCACGUCGCAGGGCGGGACGAGCCAGGUAAUCACAAUUUCUAGUGGUGCGUCAUUCAGGAAGGACGGCCACACGAGCGUGUCGUAUUCGCUCAGCAAAAUAGCGGUCACACAUCUCGGGAAGUCUCUUGCACAUAUGCUCAAGGACUGGAACAUCCGGAGCAACGUCAUUGCCCCGGGUCUUUUCCCUUCUGAUAUGACAACAAAUGUGACGGAGGAAACUGUAAAGAGAAUGGUGCCCGCAGGUAGAAUGGGUGAUAUCAACGACAUCGGUGGUCUGGUGCUCUUCCUUGCGAGCAAGGCAGGAUCGUAUGUCAACGGAGUCGCGCACAUUAUCGACGGAGGAAGGCUUACGCUGUUCCCUUCUGUCUACUGA